AUGGCCCGUUUCGGAGACGACGUCCCGGGCUUGUUGAGUUCAGGGGAUGGAGGGUCAGAGCGCAUCCGGAACCGCGAUGGCGCUGCCGUGUCUACAGGUGGUAUAUCUCCAGCCUUCAAGCAGACCAAAGCGCAGCGUGCCCGCACCAUGGCCUUGUACAACCCCAUUCCGGUCAGGGAGAACUGCUUCACCGUCAACAGGUCGCUCUUCAUCUUCGGCGAGGACAACGUGGUCAGGAAGUACGCCAAGAAAAUCACUGAGUGGCCAUAUCCUUUUCAGCUUCACGAAAAUGAGACUAUGGACUCAUCUGAGGUCGAGUUUCCGUGUGGCGUGCGUAAAUGUCCCGCCAAAUACACCUGCAACGAUACCUGGAUCGGGCCCAAUGACGGCAUCACGCAGUUUGACAACAUCCUGUUUGCUGUACUCACCGUCUUCCAGUGUAUCACCAUGGAAGGAUGGACCACUGUACUCUACAAUACCGACGAUGCCUUGGGCCCCAGAUGGAACUGGCUUUACUUCAUCCCUCUAAUCAUCAUCGGCUCCUUUUUUGUCCUGAACCUGGUGUUGGGAGUCCUCUCUGGAGAAUUUGCAAAGGAGAGAGAGAGAGUUGAAAAUCGCAGAGCCUUCAUGAAGCUGAGACGCCAGCAGCAGAUUGAGAGGGAGCUCAACGGCUAUCGGGCCUGGAUCGACAGAGCAGAGGAAGUUAUGCUUGCAGAGGAGAAUAAAAAUCCAGGACCUUCUGCCCUUGAUGCUCUCAGGAGGCUCCCAGAGUGGAGCACAGGUGGUGUCUAUGUGUUGAAGCGAGCCACCACCAUCAAGAGGAGAGGCAUGGAUGUGGUGCGUCAAGGGCAACCAGGGGAGGAACAAUAUGGUGACAUCUCCUCUGUGGGCAUCCCCAUGACCAGAACGAGUAUCCGGAGCACUAAGCGAGGUCCGACGGCAUAUUUCCGCCGUAAGGAACGUCUCCUGCGCAUCUCCAUCCGGCGCAUGGUGAAGACACAGACUUUCUACUGGACUGUGCUCGGCCUCGUGGCUCUCAACACACUGUGUGUAGCCAUUGUUCACCAUAACCAACCCUUAUGGCUCUCCAACUUUCUCUACUAUGCAGAGUUUCUGUUCCUCGCUCUGUUCCUGACUGAGAUGCUCCUUAAGAUGUACAGCUUGGGCCCACGUCUUUAUUUCCACUCCUCCUUCAACUGCUUCGACUGCAGCGUCAUUGUUGGCAGCAUCUUUGAAGUGCUGUGGGGUUUCUUCAGGCCUGGCACUUCCUUUGGCAUCAGCGUCCUGCGUGCACUGCGUCUGCUGAGGAUCUUCAAGAUCACCAAGUACUGGGCGUCUCUGAGGAACCUGGUCGUCUCUCUGAUGAACUCCAUGAAGUCCAUCAUCUCCCUCAUCUUCCUUCUCUUUCUCUUCAUCGUUGUCUUUGCCCUCCUUGGCAUGCAGCUCUUCGGUGGAAGGGGAAGCCGCAGGAGGCGGCCCUAUCUGUACAGGAAACGAGCCAUUCACCGCAGCAGGCCUACCUAUGCCUGCUCCCUGGAGGAGGCCCAUGGCAGUGUCAGGGAGGGCCGCCCACCCCCACCACUCAACCCCUCUAACUCUUUCAUGUCCAGGAGAGAGAGAGGAAAGAGGAUGACCAUGUCAGUGUGGGAGCAGAGGACCAGCCAGCUGCGGAGACACCGCCAGAUGUCCAGCCGAGAGAUCCUGUUCAGUAGCCCCGCCGAAGACAAAGACGGUCCUCCUGCCUCGAGCCAGGCUCACGUACGUCCACUUUCGCUGCACCGCAAGGCCGUGCAAACACCGUCAGGGAGUAUAAAGCAUCUGACAGAUCCCUUAGCCUCCCCAGCCAAGACCCAGCCUUCAGGCUCCUCCAUAUCUGUGGAUGCGCCACUGGAUGCAGCUCCGUCUGGUGACAUACCCGAAUCAGUGGAGCCAGAAUCAGCGGAUCCCACUGAUUCUGUGUUCAGGAACAUACCAGAGCCGCCUGAUUCAGUGCCCAUGCCUCAGAGCAAAAACCUGGAUGUUAGUCAGAGUCACAAACACGUCAGUGAGCGUCUCAGCCCCAGAUUGAACGGUGAGCGUCAACACAGGGCAGUAAAGAAGUUCAGACCUCCAGAUAACGGGGAGGCACUGACUCCAGACAUGGGAGGUCGUGGUGGAAACAGGGGCGGUAAGGACUUGUAUCACUAUGACCAUCAGACCAGGACCAGAAGUCAGGGGUCUUCUCCUGCAAACGGAGGCCAGGCGGCGAGCUGCUCUGUCGUCGGGGACAAGAAGAGUAACCCUGGGAGAGCAGAAGACGCUAAAAACAAAGAGGGAGACGUCUCCAAGCAUGAGGAGAGCAGCAAAGCUGACAAACGAUCUGGCAAACAAGAUCUGAGCUCCAGUGUGAUCAUCGAAGUGCCCAAUGUGCAGUCAUCUCUCGAGCUCUCCACAAUCAAAGUCAACAGUAAGGACCCCGAACAGUGUAAGUCAGAGAAGGAGGAAUCAGAAGAGACGCAGCCGGCCAACUCUGUGAUCCCAGACAGUAUGUUCAUCUUCAAACCUGACAACCCUGUGCGUCGAGCGUGUCAUUAUGUGGUGAACCUCAGGUACUUUGAGAUGUCCAUCCUUCUGGUCAUUGCUGCUAGUAGUAUCGCGCUGGCUGCUGAGGACCCUGUAGCCACCUCGUCGCACUGGAAUAAGGUUCUGCGCUAUUUUGACUACGUGUUCACUGGAGUCUUCACAUUUGAAAUGAUAAUAAAGAUGAUUGAUCAGGGUCUGAUCCUCCACGAUGGCUCCUACUUCAGAGACCUGUGGAACAUGCUCGACUUCGUCGUAGUGGUGGGAGCGCUGGUGGCCUUCGCCCUCACCAAUGUGAUGGGAAAUAACAAAGGACGGGAUAUUAAAACCAUCAAAUCUCUGAGGGUGUUGCGCGUCCUCAGACCGCUGAAGACCAUCAAGAGGCUUCCUAAACUAAAGGCGGUGUUUGACUGCGUAGUGACGUCUCUGAAGAACGUCUUCAACAUCUUAAUCGUCUACAAGCUUUUUAUGUUCAUCUUUGCCGUCAUCGCUUAUUACUCCGCCCCCCCGGCGUACGAGGCUGUGCUGAAGCACCUGAACACGGCUUUCACUGUUCUCUUCUCUGUCGAGUGCAUCCUUAAGAUCUUGGCCUUUGGCUUUCUGAACUACUUUCGAGACACGUGGAACAUUUUUGACUUCAUCACCGUUUUGGGCAGCAUCACUGAGAUCGUGGUAGACCUGCAGUUUGUUGAUACGAUCAACAUGAGUUUCUUGAAGCUGUUCCGAGCAGCCCGUCUGAUUAAACUGCUAAGACAAGGCUACACCAUCCGUAUUCUGUUGUGGACCUUUGUUCAGUCCUUUAAGGCUUUGCCCUACGUCUGCCUGCUCAUUGCCAUGCUCUUCUUCAUCUAUGCCAUCAUUGGCAUGCAGGUGUUUGGGAACAUUAAGUUGGACGAGGAGAAGCACAUUAACCAGCACAACAACUUUAAAUCCUUCUCUGGUGCUCUGAUGCUGCUGUUCAGGAGUGCUACUGGGGAGUCGUGGCAGGAGAUCAUGUUGUCUUGUCUGGGAGGACAGAAGUGUGAAACGGACCCAUUGCUCCAAUCAGAGUCGACAGACCCGGAAGGGGGCUGUGGUUCCGACUUUGCCUAUUUCUACUUUGUUUCAUUCAUCUUUUUUAGCUCCUUCCUGAUGCUGAAUCUGUUUGUGGCUGUAAUCAUGGAUAAUUUUGAAUAUCUCACCCGAGACUCGUCCAUCCUGGGUCCCCACCACCUAGAUGAGUUUGUUCGAAUCUGGGGGGAGUACGAUCGAGCUGCCUGUGGUCGUAUCCAUUACACUGACAUGUAUGAGAUGUUGACCAACAUGUCACCACCUCUAGGCCUGGGCAAGAAAUGCCCCUCCAAGGUGGCAUAUAAGAGACUCGUGCUGAUGAACAUGCCUGUGGACGAUGACAUGACGGUCCACUUCACCUCCACCCUGAUGGCCCUCAUCCGCACUGCCCUUGAAGUCAAGAUAAAACACGCUCCUAUGUUCCAGCGUAUGGAUGCUUCCUCUCUUCCACAAGAAAUCCUAUGCAAUGCCAAAUCCCUGUCAUUCCUAAGGCAUAGUGCUGGAUCUGCUCUUACCAGAGGAGGUUUUGUGGCACUCAGCCCGAUCUCUCCCCAAGAGAUGUUCCUGCAACCGCUGUCCCGCCCCAGAGAGGAGAAAGAGGAAGACGAUGAAGAUGAUUACCAUUCACCCUACCACCCCUACCGCAUUCACCACCACCAUCAUCAUUUACACACACUGGUCCCAGAGGUAGUAGCGUAUAACCAAGUGCUGCAGCAGGCCCGGCAGGACCCAACGCUAAUGAAAUCACCUCAGCGUACAGCAUCUAUCAGAGCGUCGUCCAUGCCCAGGCUGGCUGCUGAUCCUCAGCCUGGGAUGUCUGCAGACAGCAGGCUGAUGAAGCGCUCCUUCUCUACCAUCGGAGACCAGUGUGUGAACGGUCUCUGGCAGGAACAGCACUCUCUGGAGAGGAUCAGCCCUGAUGCCACAUACAGGCCCCGACAGAGGAGCUACAGAGGUCCUAGAAUCAACCACAAAGAAACGAUUAGUCACGAGAGAGGGCGAUCCAAGGAGCGCCGCCACCUGCUGUCCCCUGAUGUGUCGCGCUGCAACUCUGAGGAGCGGAGUCGAGACCCUUCGUGCGAAAGGAGAAGGUCCCGCUCACCUAGCGAAGGACGCACACAGACCUUACAGAAACAGGUGAACACAUCAGACAGCCCUGCCCACUCAGCCUCAGAGUCUGGUACUCCUCGUAAUCGCCGCCAGUUGCCCCAGACUCCCUCUCGCCCACGGCCUUACAUCUCCUACUCUCCUCUCGUCUGCCGAACCCAAACCUCUUCCUCAACAGCAGAAGCCUCAAAUGAGGGACAGAGCCAGCCUCAGGACGCUCCUGCUGGCCCCACAGAGGCCUCACUGAGGGUUGACAAGGAGAGCAGGCCUUUAUCUGCAGUCCAGGGGUCAUCCGGAGUUCACGUUUCAGGACCGAGCCACCCCUCUCCUCAUCGUUACAUAUCGGAGCCCUACCUCCCAUUCCACGAGGACCUAAGCAGUGGCGAAGCGAGUGAGAAGCAGGAGACGCUUACCUUUGAGACCGCCGUGGCCACCAGCCUGGGUCGGGCCAAUGCCAUAAGCUCGGCUCCUCAGCUCAGACACUCCUGGCAGGUCCCUAAUGGGCAUUUCCGAAAGCACUUGGGCCAGACGAGUCCAGCUGGCGCCAGCGAGCUUUUAAGUGACACAGACGAGGACGAUCGCUGCUAAAAACAACAAAGAAAACCAGAGAGAACGAUGAAGAGGAUGCACGGGGCGCCUCAGAACAGCCCACGUGGCACCACAACGCUUUAGCUCCACAGUGGCCCCGAGAACCCGAUGUUCUCAGCGCCAGUAGCAUUACGAGCAGGACUCAGUCCCACUGCUGUUUAUCUGGAUGCUGGUGUCUGUCUGCAUGUGUCCUCGUGUCCGUUUGUUGUAGCUGGAGGAGACUACACGUGUCGACACGGAUGUGAAUUUCUGCGUGCGCUCUUAAUAGAGGUUUUUUCGCCAAAUCACAAAAACAGCAGAGACUGAAAAUACCAUUAGUAGCUCACUGCGGGCAAACUCACAUGUUGCCAAGCCUUCCCACGCAACUUUGUGUUUUGAGUGUUAUUUGAACAAAAUAUGGUGAGAUGUGGAAAUCUUCUAGCUGAAUCCAAGACACUGAUUUCAGUGCAUUUCCUGUAAGUGAAGCUUGAGGUAGCAUGUAAACAUGUAAUAAGAUGAAUGUAUUUUAGUUUCAUGUUCAGGUCAUUUGGGGAGGUUGCUGUUAGUCUGUGCAUCGUUGUGCAUUGAAACAUAAAGAUGUUUUAAGUUUAUAACGGGCAGCCGGCCAUUCCCAACACUUCCUGUUUACAGCAGAUUAUCCACAAGAUUCAUGGGCAUUAAUCCAUCAAUACAGAAAAUCAAGCACCAGAUGUUUAGUGAACUGAACUAUUUUUUUGCCACAAUGUCAAAGCAACAGGAUAUGAAGGUGGAGUAAAGUCCAGGGCUGUGUGUGUGCAAAGAUGAGCAGAUCACACAGUAAGAGAGGUUGUGUCUCAGGAUACCAGACCACUGAAUUCUGAAAUCCUCUGCAGAAAAACACUUUAAGGACUUUAAGUGACUCUUUACCCUACGGGUCAGUCAACAUAGUACGAUCAUGACUAACAGAAGAACUGAACAGAUCCUAUCGUGUCCAUCUGCUCCGUUUGUGGACCACAAAAUCCUCGGCACGAGGACAGCCAUCCGUAGGACAGACAGCCUGGGUGUUGUUACUACAUGAAGCCAAAUGGAUGUUCAGUUUCCACAUGUCUGUGCUGAAUAACGACCGCCGAUGUGUUAGAGAUGUGACAAAAGCCAUGUUCCUCCUGUACAUAGAGCCGGGGAUGUGUCCUCUUCGGGGCGUGUUGCCUUCUUUCGUGUAAUGACAAAAGUGAUGGGAAUUUGAUGUCUUUCAUACAUGUGAUGCAACAUGGAUGCUUCAACAAAAGAGCAAUCGAAGCUACUGUUUGGUUAGUCUCUGUGUUAACUGCCACAUCGCUCCCACCGCAUCACAAAAACAAACAAAAAGCAGGCAUUUCAGUAUUUUCCGAGCAUUUUCCAGGCUUCAGAGUUCUAGUAAUUUACACAUGCAUGAUCACGGUGACAGCGAGAGAUGGUUGAGAGAGCCGUGUCUUAAAGACGCCUGAUUAUUUUUUGUUUUAGUGUGCCCAUGCAACACGUUCUCACUCCCAAAGCGUAACAUUUUAGGCUAGGUGACAAAU